AUGGUUACCACCAGCAAAAAACGGCUGUCUGCUUCGUCGAUGUCACCGCAGCCUUCGAUCCCGUUGAUCGUGAGUGUCCCUGCGGCGGACAAUGGAUCAGGAUGCUAUGUCCGCGAAAAUAAUCGUUAUGGUCAGGGCUUGCCAUCGCUCCGUCAGUUUUAGUUCACAAUGAGCUCCGGAUUUUUCAUAUUCGGCCUGGCGUUCGGCAAGGUUGCAUCUAGUCUUCCAUUCUGUCUAACCACGGCACGUUCCCGGAAGGGCUUUACGCUGUACCCCGAAGCCGGCUGACAGACCUUGUCUUCGCUAUGGUGGCCUACAGUCUGUGAUGUCACGGGCGAAUGAGGCCGCCAAAUCAUUUUAUUUACCCAAAACGAGGGAAAAUGUUUUGAAGCUGGAUCUCUGGCCAGGCGAGGGCACCCCUCAGGACUAAUGACUGUCAGCAUGCGGAAGGGGACGGUUUCAAAUUCCUCGGGGGACGACAUCGUCUUCCGAGUCGGCGUCACUCGCAGGUUUCCCACAAUAUUCAGGUGGUGUUCUUGGACUCGACGCUAUAUCUCCACCGUCGCGAAGAUCCGCGUUUACCAGGCAUCUCACGGGUCUGUCCUGCGCGCUUGUCUGUGCUGUGUUGUGCACGUUGGAAACGAAUAAAAAAUAAAUAAAAAGCUGGUGGUGUUUGCGCACCGUUAUCUGAGAACCAUCAUUCGAGUGAAGUGCACCGACUUCGUCCACACCCGCUGAGUUGGUUUGGGCACGUUGUUUUUUGUCACCCACUUCAUGACUUCCACGCUGCCGUCCAUCUGAGGUCGCCGACGAGGAGCUCAGUUCAAAAACUCCCACAAAACAAUCAGUCAAAACAUGGAAGUGGUUCUUGGACCUCUAGUAUUGGAUCUCGUUGCUGAAGAAGAGAAUGAAUCAAGCUCUUAAGAUCUACCAAGUGGAAAGGUACCAUCUGCGACACCAUAUAGACCAGUUGGGUCAGAAUUUAUCGCAGCGGUCGCGAGUACAUUCGUCAUUUCGCAAUGCGGCUACGACCUGUGACCUUUCUAUAGGUAGUGUUUUGUCGGGUCGCCCUCUGGUCAUGAGGGCCUGCUAAUUCCGCAGCCAACUUUCGCUAAAGUCAUUUCAAUAUCCAGCACCCACUGACGGACAGGCGUUGUCUCCAAAAGGUUCAUAUUAUCCCGGGGAUGCAUGUCAUAGGCCUAUGUACUGGCCAAUCAGUUGCUUCGCGUGUGAGCGUUGACUCGUUUGGCGUUUUGGUGUUUGUGUUGUCACCAGUGCGAACCUCGUCACCGAGACACGCCUCGGCUCCACCAGAGUUCUUGACACAGUGACAAUCUUUUGUGAGUUAUCAUCACCGCAGUCACAUGCAAGCGGGCCUACGGACGACUGUAAGUGAACUUGUCUGUACGCCAGGGUAAAGCCGAAGACAGGUUGGGGAGAUUGAUAAGAAGGUAAAUUACACCGGAGGAAGCGAAAUAAGGAAAGUUAUAAGUAGCCAAGUCGAUUCAAAAAUCUUACUGACGGAUUGGGUAUUGAUUCUGGUUUUCGGUUUCCGAGGCUAGCUACCAAAAAUCUGCUCAGUGGUGAGCUUGUCUCAUGGCAGAAUCCCGGCAAGACGCAGCCUGACUGUUAGCUCAGCCUCGGGCUUCCUACUGCAUAAACCGGUAGGGAAUUUUGAGAAGACCCUCAGUGACCUUUUGUCUGCUAAACUGCGCUGCCAUGCACAGAAGCACGUAAGUACAUAGGGAAAUGAACUGCGCAAAGGGUAGCCGUAUGGUAAACACGGAUAUUAGGCAUGUUUCUGACGGUUUGUUCAAAUUUCUGAUAUCUUAAGAAGUCCAAAACAGCAUUUAGUUCAGCUGGAUGACCUGGUAAGAUUUGUGCUUGGACGUACUGACGAAGAAACUUUGGGCUUUAGUAGUCUUUCCUCCAGUUAUUUAGCCGACGUUCAGAAUGCGCCGAAACUGACGAAAUACUGCCCAGAAACAAGUUCAAUUUGUGAAGUUAUUUUGCGGGCAAUAGGUGCUUGAAAGAGGCGAAUAUUUUGAUUGGAGGAAAUGUGCGAGCUUGACUUUUGAGAACCUCAACCGUUAAGAACGACAAGGUCCACAAAUGCUCAACAAGAUGGGCCCAGCAGGGGUGACUUUCGACGCGCCUACCUCACUCUCUCUUCCGAUGACAAGGUCAAGACGACUGGCGGUAGGUGUGGGGCAGUGACUGACAGAGUUAUUUGAUCCCUCUGCACGCUCCACAGACGAUCUGGCCCAGGCCUCAUUCAGUUAGGGUGGGCGGGGUUUUUGGAUACUAAAUAAGCGGAAGUGUCAUUACAGCCGUAGCUGUCGAAUAUGCGUACGCUCCUUAGACCUGUACCCACUCACACUUGAUACGGCUUCGUCUAUCCUCAAUUUGGCUGUUGUGGGUUGUGGACUGCUGUGGUACACACUGUGGGCAUCACCGAUCACGACGGUCAAGCUGUUGAAUAGUUUUUUUAGAUGGGAUUGUUAGUUCCUUCCCUUACUCAACCCUUCCCCCCAUUUUCCAUCGCUUCUUCCUCUUCCAGCUUCCCGCCUUAACGAUCCCUCUGGUAGGUCCGGCUGGGGAGAAGAAGAUAGCUACGGCAGUAUGCACUUCCCUGGCCUGUCUGCAAACUUCCCACAAGGAUGACUCCUCCCUCGUCAUCGUCUUCACUGGACACAUGGAUGGGAUCGUGGCGUCUUCUAGCUUUACCCAAAAACGCCAGCUCUUCGCUUGGAGGGCACACUCCCACUGUCAGGUUAUUGGACUGGCUGUUCAUCUGUGGACCGCCGUCUCCACGUCUCCAUGUGUCAUUUCGCAGGGUCGGGAUGGCUAUAUUCGUUUCUGGCGGGUGGACGUCGCCCUGGGCCACGCCACAUGUGCGUCGCCAUUCGCAUUUACAAUUAGUGAAUAAUUCUACUUUAUCUAAUCAGUAGGCAUUAUUUUGUAGUCAUAAUUAUGCAAGACGGUUAUUUUCACCACUAGGUCAAUCACGAUCAGUUCCCACCGGGAAUCCUCCACUUUUUCGCCUAGUGCGUCAUGGAAUUUAAGACCGUCUCAGUUAGAAUCACUGAAUUUAGAAUGAAGUAAGAAAUCAGGAGUUAGCUACUAGACUGAUAGAUUUGGUAGAUGUGAACGGUACACUUUCAUUAUGUUGUAGCUGCGGGUGCUCAUUCGAAUAUAUGCACGGAAUUUCGGGCCAAAUUUUGAAAUUUCGUAUCGGCUGAUUACUUCAAGUUUCCUUUUUAAUUUCGAAAUAAAGCAUAAAGGCUGCGUUUGGUAAAUCGAAUGUGGAAAACGGUGACGCACUCUAUGAUUAGUUCAGCCCCUUACGACUGAUUCAUGUAACUUUGAUGUUUAGACCGACUUAUAACAUCUGCGAGUUACUAUCCUCGUUUAUUUUGCGCCUGCUAUGCUAAACUUGCGAAUUUAUCAUGGCUGCUUCCAAUGUAUGCAUAAUAUAUCUAAUAUGUCUGCUUUCGCGGCAAGCCCACCGUGUACUUCUGGAAUGCCUCACCAAACGCGUCUGUGAGAUGUCUUUACCGGUUGUACUUGGGAGGACUGGCUUGAUGGCCGAAUCUUCCCUCCAGCACGUGAGUAGUGUCCAAUCAAAGCGCUCCUGGCGUCCCUGUGUGCGUUUGGCGCAUGGCUUAUACUUUAGGGUAAGGUGAUACCAUACUAACGGCACAGAUACUAGCCAAAAGCCCAUACACGCGGGUUUCGCCGAUGUUUUGCCGCUGCAUGGCGCAGCUGCGAGGGUUCGGCUCGUCAGUGGGUCCCCCAGCAUUCCCCGUGUGUUUUCUGGUAGAUACUCCAAUUUAGAAAUUGUCGCUUUUUAAUUUUCUCAGAAAUUAUCUACGAAGUUGGCUUAUAGUUGGUAGUUGUAGCUGGUCAUCGGCAUGUGGCGUACUACAAGAGGUUGACGUUUACUUUGAAAAGCAGUGUCAGUGGACAAAAAGACUGCUAAGAUACGGAUAAGGCGCAAUACAUAUUGCCCCUUGGAACCAGGUACUUAUAAAAUUCAAUCUGUAGGAAAGAUAUGUUGCUUGCUGACAAAUCCGUUUGCAUCCGGACCUUACUUACACAAAUCUUCUCGGUUUUUAACAUCGCUACGCGCAUUUCAACCUCGUUUGUGCAACGAAGAGUAUGAUGAAGGCAUCCUAUUCACGUUUCGCAUCUGAAGAGAAGUCACUGGAAUUCAGCAAUUCAUAUCGCGUGGUCCCGUGUAAAGUAGCAUUGCUUGGAUUAAUUAAUCAAGGGUUACGUUGCAACACGUCCACGAUGCAUCCCACACAGCCAGUGCGAUGAUGGUGUGGCGGUCAACCAUGUGAGAUCAACUUAAACCACGCACAAUAAGUUCGUUUCGUCUAAGGUCAGAAGUCAGGGAGCUGUGAGGACUAGUUUAUUCUGUACACAGGGCAGGUUGCCGUAAGUUGGCUGUUUGCUUGCAACAGAGAUAGGCGUCCGUUCACGGAGAGCGUCAGUCGCGAUGUGUCGUUUACGCGGCGCGAAAGUCUGUUUCAAUGGGUGGGGGUGACUGGCUGAGUGCUGAUCAUGAGAUUGGACGAAUUAGAGGAGGAUUAGGGGGACGCAUAAUCACAUGGGCUCACGGGUAUCAAGCCAGGCCGUCCGAUGCGCAUGAAGUGAUAAUAGUUUGUGGGGGAAGCCGGGGGUCACUGCAGCUGGACAGGAGGGGCCCCAGUUCUAGCCGGCGGGGGUGGUCGUGUGUCAGCGGCCUGUCAACGAUUGUCGCGGCCAUCGUCCGACAAGAUGGAGCCGGAGAAAAGGGGGACUGGGGCGGCAGCUACAAUGGUUCCAUUCGUCCAGGUACCACCACAGUUAUAUCAUCAAUAUGAUUACAAGCAUGAAGCGUCGAGUCGGGAAUACGUUAGUGGCAACAAGUAGUCAAAUACGACAUUAGUAGGUGUUGUGAUGAAUUUCGACAAUCUAAUUGGCCGUCCACCUUCGAAAACUCGACGACCUGGGGGGGGGGCUCAAACUCGCAACAGAAGGUGCAAGGAUUUAGUCCGGCCAAUUCUCUGACCAUCUUAACGACUAGGAAUCGAGGCUGUCGGCUCUAAUUUGCGGGUGGAAUUGUUCUGACCCUAUGUUCGCAUGCAAUUUUAGGGCUCUCAUCACGACUUGAUGAAAAUCAUCGUUUACUUCGCCCUCACUAAAUUAUGGCCUACUUGCAAAUUAUGAGUAGUGCACAUUUCGGACAUUUAGGUGCCCACGAGCUUCCCUGCUGUGAAUUCACAUUCUGCGCAUUCAGUGCGUGGCGAGUCGAUCCUAGUCCGGAAGCAACCCUCUCCUUCCUGGCCUUCGUCACAACAGAAUCCAGCGAGAGUCCGGACUUGACAAUAGAAGCCAUCCGUUCAGAAGACAAUCUCACCGUGGCCAGCGUUGACUCUGCUCUCAUCUCCAAACUGGGAAUGUGUAUGGCUCUCUGUGGGCUCCCGGAGGACCCCGGCCCACUGGGGUCUUCACCUCGUUGUCUCUUUCUGGCCGCCUUUGAAGCCAGCUGUGUCCUCCUCUUCUGCGAGGGCAAACCGCUUCUCAGGGUUUCGCCUGAAUCGACUGCAGAGUGUCGUCCAAUCACUUGCUUGGCUCUCGGUCCCGACCUUGUCGCCCCGGAUGGCGAGGCCUUUCGCCCGGUCGCAGUCGGACGGACUGCCAUAGAGGUGGUGGACAGUUCAAGGACCCAGAAGCAUGCAGCUCAUGAUUUGGAGCUUCUGCAACUGCGUCGUGCCGGUACGUUUUGACUUGCUUGUCCACAAAAGACGUCUGCCAGACAGUCCAAACGUCUUGUUGGUUAAAAUACAUCGAGACGACAUGAGAAGAACGACCUAUUUCGUCAGAAUUGGAAGCUUUUUGUCUGUACAAGCCCACUGCAGCAAAGACGCAAAUCAGGGUCACUGUAUGCAAGGUCAGUAGGUAUUCCCAGAAGCAGAAGCACACACUUGCGCAAUCCCGUUGGCUAGCUGGUCUCCAAGUGGCGUAAAGCCGAUGGAAAGUCUUUUGGUUAAGCUAUCAUGGAAGGGUUGUUGACCGAUUAGGCUACGAUGCGGAAUCUUCUCGUCCUGCUUCGCCCCGAAAAUUCAGUCGAAACCCCUGCGGGCAGUCGCAUACCGCCUUCCUUCUGCAUAACUGCCGUAACCGGAUCGAUGAGCAACCCUUCCGUGCUAUUUAAUAUCUCCGAUGGCAGUGGACUGAAAAACGAGUUCGUGGCUUACUGGCAGAUUGUUAAACUUAACGCCAGAUGAUCAUUUAAAGAGGCCAACUCCGAACCCCAACGUUUGGUCUAGUUGGUAUAUAACAGUUAAUAAGCCAGAAAUGACCAUACCAGUCUCCCUCGUCCUUCUGCAGUUUCUGCUAUUAUCGGAAAAUCAAUAAAUGACCGUGAAAUGGCAGUAUGCAUCCGUCUUCUCCGAUUUUACGUCACUCCUUUCACCAUAACGGUCAGAAGUAGACUGCGAUCCAAUCAGGCAAUCUUGUGCCGGGGUGUGCAUUUCCCCUCGAUCUUUCAAAACAUUUCCAUUACCGCCCCCCCCCUUGCAGUCCAUGGCAUUCUCAAGGGCAGUUAUCUGAUCCAAGAGUAUGGCUUAACCCCACAUGACUGUCAGUUAGAUUUACAGGCUUUGCCUACUUCAGUGACGAACUUAUCGCAAUUUUUCCGGUUCGUUUAGACACCAAUGAGUACACACUCAUCCGUCCCUCCAAAUCCUUUCGCUCCCUGCCGCCCAGUUCGCACGGUGUCAGUGCGUUGGCCUGGCGGGACGAUGGCAAACUACUCGCCGUCGCCCUCUGGAACGGUGAUGUCAGGCUUCUGGCCACCUCCCCAACCCGCCUGCGCUUCCUAGGCACCCUUGUAAGUCCCGGUGCCGUUUUGGGCGGUGGUUGUCUUCUGGGUGAAUGGGCCUCCCUAUCUUCCACCGCUGUCACCGCCGUUUCCACCGAGGUUGCUGACGCCCCCUCCGCUGACGCCAACAAAACUCAACCCAAGGACACUGACCAGUUGACGCUGUCCGUCCGAGCCUGCCUCUUUAUGCCAUCACCGUUGCACUGGCUCCUCACCACGUCGCCUGCAGCCGCAGGUGGGGCCGGGGCUUUCAACGCCUGGGAUGUGUAUCGAAACUGA